UGUCAAAGAGAGAAAGAGAGAGAGAGAGAUGGAAGAUAACAACGAUGGUGGUGGUGGUAGGACCUGCAUAUGCAACAUGGUGGACAAUGGGAGUGUGGAGAGCCACAGGUACUACCUUGCUAGACGGACUGUGCUGGAGAUGCUGAGAGACAGAGGGUAUGACGUCCUUGACUCUGAAAUCAAUCAAUCCCUCCAUGAAUUCCGUUCCAUCUACGGCCACGACAUCGUCGACCUCGAGCGCAUCCGUAUCAACGCUUCUCUCGACACCGAUCCUUCCAAAAAGAUUCUAGUGAUCUUUUGUGGAAUUGAUAAGGUCCGGGUUGCAAUUAUUCGUGGUAUUUACACCCAGAUAAUGAGCAAAGAAAUUUCAUUGCGGCCCUCCCGGGUGAUAUUGGUAUUACAAGAUGAAAUAACAAGCCUAGCACGUAAAGCUUUAUCUGAGUUUCCAUUUAAAGUUGAGAUCUUUAAGAUUCACGACUUGUUGAUCAACAUCACAAAACAUGUGUUAAAGCCGAAACACGAAAUAUUGACUCCGGCAGAGAAAGAGAAGCUAAUGAAGAAGUACAGUUUAGAAGACAAACAGAUGCCUCGGAUGUUGGUGAAUGAUGCUAUAGCUCGGUAUUAUGGACUUGAGAAGGGGCAGGUGGUGAAAAUCUCAUACAGUGGUGAAAUUACUGGAUUUCAUGUUACUUACCGUUGUGUUGUUUGAUGCUGGAGCUCGGAGGUGGUGCAAAUGACGAGGACCACAGGAAGGAGAAAGUGCAGGGAUAAUUUUGAGAU